AUGACAUCGAAUACCAUAUUGACAACAAAAAUACAACCACCACCCGGGCCCAAUGCCAAGUUGGUCCUCCCAGCGACCAACUCACAUACCGCCACCAACCCCACCAUUUUCAACGACGCAAUGGCCGUACGGAUGCCAGUGUUCGUAAAUGAGCAACACUGCUCGGCUGACGCAGAGAUCGACGACGACGACGCCCGCAGCUGGCACUGGGUGUUGUACGACUCCUCGGGGACGAGGACGACGCCCGUCGGAGUGAUCCGGCUAGUACCCCCACCACAGCCGCCGUAUGCGCGGGUCGCACACCCCGAAGCAGCCGAGGAUCUGCCCGAGUACGACUGGGCGCAUGAGCCGUGUAUCAAGCUCACGCGCGUGGCGGUUCUGCCCGCCUAUCGGGGCAAGGGGCUGGGGCGGCGGCUCGUUGAGACGGCGCUGGAGUGGGCGGGCACGCAUGCAGCGGAAAUUGAUGCAGCAGCAGCAGAGCGGGCGGCGAGCGCGGGUCGCACGGACCCUCCGCCGCAUUGGCGGGGCUUGGUGCUGGUUCAUGCGCAGGUGGAGGUGGAGCGGAUGUAUACUGGGUUGGGAUUCCAAACGGAUCAGGCGCUAGGGCGGUGGCAUGAGGAGGGGAUCGAGCAUGUGGGCAUGUUUCGACGGAUGGCAGUGCCUUAG